AGCAACCACUUGUUUAGUUCCGGUCAGCUGGAGCGGCGUGGAGAAGCUGCAGCUGAAACAACAAUAACAUCAAAGCAGAAGCAAAUCAGGGGGUUUCACAGCCCAGGAGAACAGUGAGGAGAACGAUGUCUCUCCUGGACAGUGGUCCUCUGUGGGCCACCGGGCCAAACCUGGAGAACAUUGAGAGGAUGCAGACCCACUCCGAGCUUCUCACGGCGGAGAGCAAGAAGCUGAUCUGGGAAAGUGACAAGGCAGCCCAGCGCUUGCAGCAAGAUGCCAACAAGCGACUGGAUCAGCGGAUCCGAGACAUCCAGUUCUUGAGGAAAGAGCUGGAGCAGAAGCUGGAGGAGAUUAUCGUGGAGAUCGACUCCCUCGUAACGUUCAAGAGCCGGGUGGAGAAGGCCCUGCAGGCCUGUGCAGAGCCGCUGAGAGUCACCAACCUCUGUCUGGAGGAGAGGAUGAGGCGCUCGCCCUCUGAGAGGCAGCAUGACGAGGUGGACAGAGAGCUGCUCAGAGAGCGGGAGGCUGUUGAGGGAGUAGCCUCUCUGCUGCAGCACACACUGGAGCAGAUCACUGAACAGAUUCGGCUGAACCGGUCAGCCCAGUACCAUCUGGAGAAGGAUCUGAAGGGAAAGUUUGAGGCUCAGUGCAUUGAUGACUCCUGCGCACUGAUAACCAACCACUCCCUCAACACCGUGCAGAGGUCUGCCACCACCACUCUGCCCAGCAUGGUGGUGAGUCCGGAGGAGUGGGAGAGCUUCUCAGACAUCAACAUGGCCAAGGCGGAGCAGGAGAAGACCAACUCUCUGUUCCUGCGAACGCUGGUGGACUCUGUCCUGGAGCAGACGGCCGCAGACCUGCGGAGACAGCUGCAGGCCACCACAGCAGCCUUUCAGUUCAACGUCCAGGAGAUCAAGAACGCCAAGAGCCAGAUGGAGGAUCAGCUGACCAAGAUUCUGACGGAGUCUGCCAGCCAGCAGAAGAACAUGGGCUCUCUCCAGGUGGCCAUUGCUGAUAAACAGAUUCUGCUGAGGGUGGCCGAGAGCCGGCUGUCCACCCGCAGCCGGAGGCCUGUCAAAGAGCGAUGCCACGACCCGGCCCAGUGCCAGCUGCUCUCCGAGGUCCAGCAGCUCCGCCGGCACAUCAGCAGAAUGCAAGAGGCAGCAGCCCAGUCACAGGUGGAGCAGAGGAACCUGAAUCGCUGCCAGGUGGAGCUGCAGGAAAACAUCGGCAUCAAAUCCAGCUCCCUCUACAUCGACGAGGUGGUCUGCGCCCAGCUCCGAGUGCCCAUCGUCAUUCACAACUUCUGAGUGCACCGCCAGCGGGAAGCGAAUACGUUUCCCUGCAUUUUGGUUCCUCCAGUUUAAAUAA